UUCUGUCUGGCCUAGCGUGCUGCCGCCUGCACCUCUACUAUGUCUCGGGCACGCUGCCACCUGCGCGCGGCUCUCUUCCUGGCAGCGGUUUCUCCGCGUGGUGCAGCAACACGAGUCGCAGCGAGGAGAGGGUUGAGCGCUUGGCCUGCGCCGCAGGAGCCCGGCAUGGAGUAUCAGGAUGCUGUGCGCACACUUAACACCCUGCAGACCAAUGCCAGCUACCUGGAGCAGAUGAAGCGCCAGCGGGGUGACCCCCAGACACAGCUGGAAGCCAUGAAGCUGUACUUGGCACGGAGUGGGCUGCAGGUGGAGGACUUGGACCAACUGAACAUCAUCCACAUCACUGGGACCAAGGGGAAGGGCUCCACGUGUGCCUUCACUGAACGUAUCCUCCGAAACUAUGGCCUGAAGACGGGAUUCUUUAGCUCGCCCCACCUGGUGCAGGUGCGUGAGCGGAUCCGAAUCAAUGGGCAGCCCAUAAGCCCCGAGCUCUUCACCAAGUACUUCUGGCGCCUCUACCACCAGCUGGAGGAGACCAAGGACGACAGCAGCUGUGUCUCCAUGCCUGGCUACUUCCGCUUCCUCACGCUCAUGGCCUUCCACGUCUUCCUCCAAGAGAAGGUGGACCUGGCAGUGAUGGAAGUGGGCAUCGGCGGGACUUAUGACUGCACCAACAUCAUCAGGAAACCUGUGGUGUGUGGGGUCUCCUCUCUUGGCAUCGACCAUACUGCCCUACUGGGGGACACGAUGGAGAAGAUUGCAUGGCAGAAGGGGGGCAUUUUUAAGCGUGGCGUCCCUGCCUUCACUGUGCUCCAGCCUGAUGGGCCCCUGGCGGUGCUGAGGGACUGCGCUCAGAAGAUCUCAUGUCCCCUCUACCUGUGCCCACCACUAGAAGCCCUGGAGGAGGGGGGGCCACCGCUGACCCUGGGCCUGGAGGGGGAGCACCAGCGGUCCAAUGCCGCCUUGGCCUUGCAGCUGGCUUGCUGUUGGCUGCAGCAAAAGGGCUACCAGGAUACCGGGGAGCUGAAGGCAUCAAGGCCAAGCCUCCUGGCGCAGCUGCCCCUGGCACCUGUGUUCCAGCCCACAUCCCACAUGCAGCAUGGGCUUCGGGACACGGAGUGGCCGGGCCGGACGCAGUUGCUGCGGCGCGGGCCCCUCAGCUGGUACCUGGACGGCGCGCACACCACCGGCAGCAUGCAGGCCUGCGUGCGCUGGUUCCGCCAGGUGCUGCACCGCCGCGAGAGGCCUGGCAGCGGGUCCGAGGUGCGUGUCUUGCUCUUCAACUCCACUGGGGACCGGGAUUCCGCGGCCCUGCUGAAGCUGCUGCAGCCCUGCCAGUUUGACUAUGCCAUUUUCUGCCCUAACCUGACAGAGAUGGCAUCUGCGGACAAUGCAGACCAACAGAACUUCACAGUGACACUGGACCAGGUGCUGCUCCGCUGCCUCGCACACCAGCAGCACUGGAGCCGCCUGCGCGAGGAGCAGGCCAGCCCGGACGUCUGGAGCGCGCCCAGCCCGGAGCCUGGUGGGCCCGCAUCCCUGCUGCUGGCGCCCCACCCACCCCACACCCACAGCACCAGCUCCCUCAUCUUCAGCUGCAUCUCCCAUGCUUUGCAGUGGAUCAGCCAAGGCCGGGACCCCGUCUUUCAGCCACCCAAUCCCCCACGGGGCCUCCUUUCCCACCCUGUGGCAGGCAGCGGGGCCGUCGUACUCCAGGAGGCUGCUGCCAUCCACGUGUUGGUCACAGGCAGCCUGCACCUGGUGGGCGGUGUCCUGAAGCUGCUGGAGCCCUCCCUGUCCCAGUAGCCGAGGCAGUGGGGUUGGAAGUGGGGUCUGCCCACACCUGCGCUGCCUCUCUCCAUGAACUCCUAAAUCACGUGCCUUUUGUGCCUUC